AGUGCAGUCUAGUGCAGGAAUAGAAAACAAGCCUACAAUCGAUCUCCAUGCAUUUCAUAUGCGAGGUCUUUUAAUUCGGAACGCACCCUAUAUGUUCAGCGGUACUGCCAGUUAAUUUCGGAACAUGCAUGUUAUGUGUGGUUAUGUAUGACACAUUUAACAUUUUCAUCAAAAUGGAGGAAAUUACAACCAAGCCAGUGGAGAAUGACACCGAUUUAUCAACGUCUUCUGUUCCUUUCACCGUAUCACCUAAGAAAUGCAAUCUGUCCUUUUCAAUUACCUUUGACUUUAACGAUAUUAACAACGAAAAUUCGACUGAUUCCGAAAAUGCAGACUUACAAAUUGAUAUAUCUGAAGUGGAUAAUUACGAACCAUCCAGUAAACAUAAGAGAGAAGCUGUGCUUAAUGAAAUGGAAGAGGAGAUUGAGAGACAACUGGAUGCUGAAGCUCCUAAAACCAAUUUAACUGCCACUAAUGUUAAAAAUAUUUUGAAACAUGUAAUCUCCUACGAACAUUUAAUGACAAUGGUACAAAAAUGGCUUCAGGAUACAGAAAAUGAUAUCAACAUUGGCCCUAAGCUCACAAGAGCUAAAGCCAAAAAAUUAGCAGCUGCAAAAGUUAACAUACCAUGGCCCAUCACUACAGCACAGCAAACUUCGUCGGAAGUACAAGCUUUGAUUCAGGAGGAGCUACCGGAAGAUUCAUCCGAUGAGGAAUAUAAUCCUGAACAUGAUAAGCAGAGUGACGAUGAUAGAGAAGUGGAAAAUACAGCAAAUAGUGAUAUCGAGGCGCAGUUAUCAAUAGCAACAAAUAAUAAGGAUGUAUCCUCUUCUGAACAAUUGUCACAAAAUAUACAAUACGAUUCCGAAGGAAUUUUUAAAAUACCUGCUGUUCCACAUGUUGCAAUGGAGGAAGAAAGUAUUGGUCAAAGAACACGUUCCAAAUUAUCUUUAAGCGAAACUUCUUUAGAGGAAAUAGAACAAGCAUUUAUACCACCUGACUUAACUGCUGAUAUGACUGAAGAUUUAGAAUGUGAAUAUGAUGAAGAUUGGGAUAACUUUUUGAAAGAAUUUAUGCAACCUUUGACGCAAGAUCCAGCUAUGGAAGAUGAUCCAGAAGCAGAUCCAGAGUAUAACAUCUUGGAGGAUGAAACAGAUUUAUUGGACAAGGAAGAGCUUAGGACAGAUAGAGCUGUAGAAGUUCCUCGUAAGGAGCAGUAUGAUUUGAUUGCAGAAUUACUUGAAUUAACUCCAAUGUUUUCGACACAGGAGCAAGAAGUAUCAAGAAAGAAAAAAGUUGUAGAUAAUACAACACCACCGAUUGAAAGUGAUAUUAUGAAUUGUUCAGUAGUACAUCUUUUACCAGCACCUGCAGAACCUGAACUACCAGAAGUGAUAAAUUCUGAUCAACGUCUUCUAUUAGCCACACAAUUGCAGCAACACGUGCAAUUAAUGGCACAAUAUUUUGUUAUGACUUACAUGCAUCCAGAAUAUCAUUCACUGGCAAAACACGUUAACUGCCACGCCGGUUUUACGUGCCAUUCCGUUUACGCCAUAGUUAGCCGUCAAGCGGGCUCUUCCGGGCCGCUCGCCGAUAGGCGAGCCAGAGUGGAAACAACUGUCAGAUAUUUGAGUAAUGGGCCAGAUUCUACAUUUAAUGUAAAGAAUUUGGAGUCAGCUUUGAAAUUGGUAUCAACUUGGGAAAAUAAAUUUAACGAUACCAAAUUUUACGCAAAUUUCAAAAAGACUAUAACAAAUGAAACUGCUAAUACAAAAAUAUAUCGUAUAAAUAAAUGGAGACAUAACGAACAGUUUCCUCCUGAAUUAGAGAAAUUAUUUGUUGAAAGUAAGGCUCUUAUGUAUCCGCAGCUUCUACCAUGGAUACCUUUCAGAAAUGGAAUUAAAUACGCAGCGAAAUCUACAUACUUAAAGUCAGAGGAAACUUUAAUUACACUGGGCAUAGAACAAUUCUUACCAUUUGUUACAUCUAAAUCUAAAAAGUUUCAUACGAAAAAAAUGCAAUUAAUUGACACGGCUCAACUUAUUCGUCAUUAUUUGCUACCAUGCAGAGAUGCGAAGGGAAUACUGCAUCAUAUUAACAAACGACGCGCUUCCAAAGACGAUAAUCCAAUUAAGCAUUAUUUUGAAAAAGGUUGCGCUCCUCGAAUAAUACAUUACAUAACGCUUGACAGUAAGCUUAAAGCCCCAAAAGAUCAAUCAAUAGAACUUUUACCUCCAAGAUGGCAAACGUAUCUCCAAGGAAAAGACGAAAUUAAUUCAAAAAAAAAUAAAUACACAUUUGAUUCAUACAAUAAUCUCUCUCUUGGAAAAGAAGGGAUUAAUAUGAACGUAAUAAUAAAGUUACAUCCAAGUAUCCCUAAUAGUCAUCUUUUACGAAAUCCAAUUGUUAAUAUGUUACCAAAAAUAUUACCUGCAACUUUGAAUUCCAAAAUUUCGUCUAGAACUGAUAAUCUUCCUAAGAGAAAUUUUAAAUUUGACGAUAACGGUGAUAAAAAACUAUUUAAUAAUAAUGUACAAGAUACGGAAACACAUAAGAGAAAAACGACAGUAUGUAAAGCGCACACAAAUUUGUGCUCCUCAAAAAUAAAUACUUCGGACAUAAACCCAACGCAUACAGAUAAAAAUAAUACAAAAUUGAAUACUAUAUUAACAAGAAACUCAAAAAUAUCCAAGGAAUCGUUACAAAUGGAAUCAUCGGAAUUGCCACAAAUACGAAAGACUACUCCACGAUUAGCAAAAACAAGAAGUGCCCAAAAUAUGAAAUUAAUGGCUCAAGCUUUGGGUUCAAAGAACUCUUUUAACUGCAGUAUCGUGAAAUCUAAAGAAAAAGAUACUACAGAUAAGAAUAUUGAUGAACAUUGCUCAACAUCAAAAGUUGAUAACGAAGAAGAAAUAGCUGAAUUAAUGUUAGCUAGUAGCACAAUAAUAAAAGAUCCUGUAAAUAGGAGAAAGGCGAAACAAACUAGGGAAUUAGAGAUCAUUAAAAGAUUAUUAAAAGCUGAGAAUCCACUGACUGAAGAAGAACGUGAAGCAAAAUUUGCAGCUUCAUUUCUUCAGAAAUUGCAUUUGAUAUUAGAAUCCAAUGAUCCAGAAACGUUUAAGGCUGUGAUAAAGUUAUAUUUGAAUUGUAGUGAAAAAUUGGAAAGUAUCAACCAUACAGUUAUUGAUCCAUUAAUAACUAAUGAAUCCAAGGAAUUUAUGCCAAAUAAACAGACGUUAGAGGAUAGUGCAGUUAAAAAAGAUAUACUAAUGAUCCAAUUGUAUCAAGAAGUCUGUAAAAAAUUACAGAAUUAUCCAGAAAUAUGUACAGAUUUUUUAUUAUUUUUAAAACCUCAUCAAGCCGCAAUGAUUGGCAAAUCUAUAGAAUAUAUGAUGUUACAAAAAAUGAAUGACUUCGUUCAUGUUGCGCAAAUAUAUUUUGCUAAGCAACCAUCACGGAUAGCAAAGAUGAUGCAGGCAAUCACACAACUUUCGUCUGAUCCACAUACGACUUUGGAAAAUGUUUACACUGUUAUGAGUCCUGUUUUUAAAGGUCAUCCACUUGUUAUGGAUUUAUUUUUGCAAAUUCUACCUACUGCAAAACCUCCCGAAAGUUUACUUGCGCCUCAUAUGUUUGAAAACAUGACAUGCCCGUUAGGACCUUAUGAUAAAAACACAACUUACUCUGAAAACGCAUUAGAACUGUACGAGAAUAUAGAAUUACCAACAGCGACAUAUCAGGAAGAUCCAUAUGGAGGAGAGAAUUGUAAAUGUGAUUGUCAUAAUUCUGAUGAAGCAAGUCUGAAAAAUAAUUCUGAGCAUUGUGUUUCCUGCGGUACGCGGUUUCUUAAUGGAAGAAUUUAUCUUCAAACGCCAGAAGGAUUACGACCUGCAAAAAUUACAUUUCCCGGAGAGGAUGUAGAGAAAUUAGAAAAUAUUGCACGUAUAUCGUUAAAAAUUGCCUAUAAAACCGUUCUACCAAUUUCAUCGAAAAAACAACGCAAGUCAUCGAAAAAUGAUUCUAAUCACGAGAACAUUUGUGGGAAACAGUGCACUACGAAAUACUCGCCGUUGAAAGAUAAUGAAGAUAAUGAAAAGAGAAUAGAAAAAUCUAAAAGAAAUGUCAAAUUUUCACUUAAAUCAGAUCAGAGAAAAAUUUUAAAAAGAUUAGGCACCGUAGAUCAUGCAAUUGCAAAUAAAAGAAUGCGUAUAUCUCAAUGCAAGAAUAAAAGAGAAAAGAAGACUGAAGAAAGCGACUCUAUGUUAGAACUAAACGAGUUUGGCAUUAUGAAACAAGAAAAAACAAGUGAAAUUAUGGAAACGCAAGAAAUUGAUACGCAAUUAUCGAUACAGAAUAAUUCGUUAAGUACUCAAGUAAUUACAAAAACACGGAUGUCUUCAAGUACAAGUAACAAUACUGGUAAUCCAAAUAAUACAGAAACCGCAGUUAUGACAAAAGCAGUGGAAGAUAACAUGCAAUCGAUUUCCGAUUUAAUUAAUAAUAAACCAUGGACACGUCAGGAAGACAUGAUUUUGUUACAAAAUAUCAAAAAGGAAUAUUCUGAAAAUUCAUUCUUAUUGAUCAGUGAAAAAUUACAAAAUCGUACUAUUGAUCAAGUAAGAGAGAGAAGCCAAACUUUACUUUCUCUACUGCAAAAAAUGAUGUAAUUUGUGUAUAUGUUAUAGAUCUGUGAUUUUGUUUUAUAAUAAAUGACAAAAGUUAAUUAAAGUUACCAUAGACAACGUAUAAGCGUUUAUGUAUGAGAAGCAAAAAAAUGUAACACUUCUUUUAUGAGUUUUGGAAUGCAGUCUGAUCAUGGAGCAAUUGGUUCUUACUACUGAACUAUCAAUACAGUAGGCGUAUUCUGUAACUUUUAACGAUAGCUAGGAAUAUUGUUACGUGUCGUUGCGCAGUUUUUCUACUAUGUAUAAUAUGUGCACAACAACUCUGUAACGAUACCGAAUUGUUGUUAUGAAGUUAGAGAAUAGGCCUACUGGGUGUAUUGCAUAGAAAUUUCAUAAUAGCUAUAUGUAUAAGUUUCUUAAACCUCACACAUAAAUUAUGCAUUUUUUGAAAGAAAUAAUAAGCCUCUUUUAUUUUUUGUGGAAAUCAAACCAUGGUCAUAAGAAUUUAGCUGGAGUUCUGUCAAAGCGUCAACACAUUGUUUACAAUUUUUUUUGUUAAGAAACGUAUUGCAAAGCCUGAUAUGUAUAAUAUAAUACUGCGGAAGCAUCUCGUAGUUGCGAGUUAUUUUUAUUACAAUACAAAGCAAUAUUAUAUAUUUGUAAGUUUUUAUGAUCACUGUUUGAUUCAUUAGUUACUAAUAUCUAUUUUCCAUUAUUGGCGGUUUUAUUUAUUGUCGUAAUUUAAUUUAAUGAAGAAGUAAAAUAUAUUUAUAUUUAAUAACGGAA